CGCCUCGCCUCGCCUGUCUUCUUCUUUCCUUCUUCGGUCUUGGGUCUUCCUCAAUCCUCCGUCGCCGGCGGUUUAAUAUUCCCGUCCUCAAAGUUGACAUUCUGGUUAUAUGCGGAGACGCCUCUAUUCCUCUAAGCUUGGGAGCUACGCGUACUGAUUCUGUGAUUCAUUUCCGGGCAGCAAGCUUUUCUUUCUACGUGGCGUAAAGUUUGAAACUCGAAGCCGAUCUGGUCGUGAUCCAUUGGAUGUAUAUACGUGGAUUGAUUUUCUGGUGUUUGCUGGUUCUCCAUCUCCCACCCAGAGUUUCAGCCAUAAGGAAAAACAUUGGCUUCCUGGGAAAUCAGCUUUGUAGAACUACUGUUCAAGGAAGGUAUCUACUUUCAGACGAGAAUGGCCGUGUAUGUGAUGCUCUAUCGCUUGAUCCCCAAUCCCGAUGUUGCCCCAUGAAAGGAGAGAGGUUCCCCUGUAAAGGGUGCAAUCUUCUCUCGCAAUGUUGCAAUUCCUAUGAAUAUUGCGUUUCUUGCUGCCUGAAUCCUUCCACAACACUUGUUGAUGAAGUAACGAAGGUGAAGAUGGCCAAGACUGCAACUUCGGGGACUUACCCGAGCGUGUUCGAUUUCUGUUCAGGGAGGUGCCGCCAUAACUCUGGCAGCGUGGUUCAUGAGAAUGCUUAUAUCAGCGAGUUCCACCAUUGCUUCUCUCUGCCUUCGAAUCAAUCUGUGGAUGAUCACACGCAGCUAGAAGCACGGCUGAUUGGGGUUAAUGUGGUGAUUGGCGGGCAAGGCGAGUCGUGUGAUUUGGUCUGCAAGUCGCAAGGGCAGUCGUGUAUUGUCAACAAGCUUCUGGUGCUCAAUCAGUGUGAGAUUAUGAAGAAGUAUAUGAGUUGUAAAGGAGGGUGUCUGGCUAGUGUCGGAAGUGAUCAGCCUGCUGAAGUUGUUGAUGAUGCUCCAAAAGAUCUGAAUCCCGGGACUUGCUUGUACACGAAGCCACAGUCGAUGCUCUCGUGUGACGGUUCUCAUCCUCAUACCCAGAGACUCUGCCCCUGUGCCUAGUGGUAACACAAACUAGUGAGUUAGCUGAUCUGAAUUCAUCACUGUACUGCUGUAUCAUUGAGAAAUUUUUGUAACAAUGACGGAGUUGAGAAUGAGUGAAUGACCCUGUAAAUUGUAAGGGUCUCUUACUUGAGCCUGCAGAUGGUUAGUUGCUCUUCCGCUUCUUUGCUUGUUUAUGCUUAUAGGUUGCUUGCUUCAAUGAAUGAAUACUACCUCAAUUUUUGGGGAUCCUUUUUGCUGUAUUCGUUACAAUGCAAAGUAGCAG